CAGUUGACAGAAAUACAGUUUGGUGGACACAUGUAGUAAGAAUAAGUCGCUUUUACGGCAAACAAAAAGAUAAAAUAAAACCAAAAAAAAAACAGAUAAAGUUCCACAUAGCUUAACUGAUUCAGAACAAUGGACUCGUGCAGAUUUUUGAAAUACAGAGUGGAGAGGGAAGUGCUGGAUGAGCAGAAACUGGAAGAGGUAACACAGAGAAAAACAUACUCUGACACUCACCCCUCUCUAACUCAGCGGGCUAAAGACUCCUUAAGAUGUACAGUACCCAAACUGAAACGAAGCGCAGUGCGCAGCUUGCCUGUGUUAUACUGGUUGCCCAAAUACUCAGUGUGGGACUACGGCAUGCCUGACCUCAUCUCUGGGAUGAGUGUGGGCAUAAUGCACUUGCCACAAGGUAUGGCAUAUGCAUUGUUGGCUUCCUUACCUCCUGUGUUUGGACUCUAUACAUCCCUCUAUCCAGCACUGAUCUACAUCUUUUUUGGAACAUCACGUCAUAUCUCCAUCGGAACGUUUACUGUGCUCAGUAUCAUGGUGGGAAGUGUGACAGAGAGACUUGCUCCAGACAUUGAUUUCCUGAAAACAAAUGGGACAAACUUCACUGCAGAGGUGGACAUAACUGCCCGGGACUCGUACAGGGUGCAGGUGGCAGCUGCUACUACUGUCCUCGGAGGACUUAUUCAGGUGGUACUGGGCUUGGUAAAGUUUGGAUUUGUGGGAACAUACUUGUCUGAACCUCUGGUGCGGGCUUACACAACAGCUGCCGCGGUCCAUGCAGUGGUGGCACAACUGAAAUAUAUCUUUGGAGUUUCACCAACGCGGUUUAGUGGUCCUUUGUCACUCGUGUAUACUCUGAAGGAUGUUUGCCUCAUGCUGCCAGACACUCAUCUUCCCACACUGAUGGUCAGCACUGUGUCCAUUGUGUUCCUAAUUGCAGCCAAGGAGCUCAACUCUUUUCUCAGCCCAAAGCUGCCGGUGCCCAUCCCAGUGGAGCUCAUCACAAUUGUCGCAGGAACAAUGAUAUCAGCCUAUUCCCACUUAAGCAGCAACUACACUGUUUCAGUUGUUGGAGAAAUUCCUAGUGGUCUAAGUUCUCCCAGUGUGCCGGAUGUGAGUCUUUUUGGAGAAGUUGUUGGUGAUGCUUUUGCAUUGGCCAUUGUUGGAUAUGCCAUAUCUAUUUCACUGGGAAAAACAUUUGCGCUGAAACAUGGAUACAAGGUGGACAGUAACCAGGAGCUGGUGGCGCUGGGUCUCAGUAAUACAGUAGGAGGCUUCUUCCAGUGCUACUCCGUCUGCCCCUCAAUGUCUCGAAGUCUCAUCCAAGAGACAACUGGAGGAAAGACACAAAUGGCUGGAGUGGCCUCAGCUCUAAUUGUGUUGGUGACUAUAUUGAAAUUUGGACCCCUGUUUCAGGAGCUGCCAAAGGCUGUUCUUGCAUCAAUUGUCUUUGUAAAUCUGAAGGGUAUGUUCAAGCAGCACUCUGACAUUGGUACACUGUGGAAAAGCAGCAAGAUUGAUGUGCUGGUUUGGUUGGUCACUUGGGUGUCAACACUGCUGUUCAAUCUGGAUCUGGGUCUCGCAGCAUCGAUCACCUUUGCUCUGCUUACUGUUAUCUUCAGAACUCAGAUGCCAACUUACUCUAUUUUGGGAAAUGUUCCGGGUACUGAGCUGUAUGUGGAUAUAGAGACUCACAGAGAGGCGAGGGAGAUUCCAGGAAUUACAAUAUUUCGCUCCUCCGCUACGGUGUAUUUUGCCAAUGCUGAUCUGUACCUUGAAGCUCUGAAAGAAAAGAGUGGGCUUGACAUCAGUAAAAUGAUUAUCUAUAAAAGGAGGCAAGAGGCCAAACAGAAACGUAGAGAAAGAAGGGCUGAAAGACGAGCAAAAAGGCAAGCCAAGAGAGAGAGACGGGCUCAGAAGACAGCUAAGCGACAGUCUGCAGUGCCAGUGUUCUCUGUGGAGGAAGAGGCCGGACAGUGGGGGGACACAUGUAUGGAGGGGAACGUUACAGACAAAGAGGAGCAGGGCUGGACAGAGCGAGAAAAUGGCACAGUGUUUGUCAUUCCAACCACUCCUCAAACACCAGAUGGCCACUGUAGAUGGGAGUAUCUGAAAGGAGGAGAUCAAGACUGCACCAGCUUAGGGUGGAUUUCUGAGCUGCAGGAUGGGGACACCACCACUCUGGGCUCCAGCAGUGAGGACACGCUGAGUCGUGACCUGGAGCGGGUCUCUCUUGGGUCACUUGGCAAGUGGACCUGGGACAUUCACUCAAUUAUUAUCGACCUCUCCACAGCUAACUUCAUUGACACAGUGGCUACCAAGACAAUGAAAAAUAUCUUCCAGGACUUCAGUGAGAUUGAUGUGGAUAUCUACAUGGCUGGCUGUCAAGCCUCUGUGGUGGAACAGUUAGAGUUUGGUGACUUCUUCGGCGAAUCAAUAACAAAGAGACAUCUUUUUGCCUCCGUUCAUGAUGCUGUGCUGUAUUGUCUAAACCAUCGUGGAGCAACAUCGCUCCCCAGAUACGAGCCCACCGUGGACACAUACAGCAGCACGAAACUUUAAGAACUUCAACCAAACAGGACAUUCAGCACUGAGGAUGGAAAAACUCAGAUUUCAUCAUCCCCAGGGGGGGAAAUCAGAGACUGAGAGCUGAGUGUAAAACUAGUAAUACAUAUGAUUAAAUAUUUUAUUAUGUCGCUUUUAUUUUAUUUAUGAGUUAUAUUGAUAUUCGUCUUUCAAGUAGGAAGAAUAAUGUUUGGAGACAUAAGCUUAAUUUAACUUUAUUCUGUGAGGGAGAGGGAUACAGUGCAUUUUUUUUUUGGAAAAAAUCUAUAAAUAAAUAAAACAUCCAAACAAGACCUUUUGAUAAGAAUCUAGCAGAAAAUAAUGGUUCAUUUUCAAGGAACAAAGACAAGGCAACAUGCUUCACACUGAGGAUGUGUGACCCUUUUUGGUCAUGGCAGCAGUAACAAGACAGGACAUUGAAAUGUUUACAGUAGCCAUUUCAAGUGCAAUUUUUUUGCUCAUGGAAACUGCAAAACCUGUGAAGCUAAUGCAUGCAGGUGGGUUUCCUUUUCCUCUCAACUCCUUUAAUGGGUUUAUAGUGCAACAUUCCUAAAAUGGGAGUUCAUCACAGAUUAAAAAAUAACAGGAUAACAAUAUCCAAGCAGUAUUUAACAAGCAUCUCUUUACAGUUGCAUAAAGCCACUGUGACCUCUUCCCUGAAUAAAUCUUGUCUCUACAUACUGGCCACAGAGGAUGUUGUGCACAGGAACUAUGGAAGGCUAGUAGAUUUUUUUUUAAUCAGUUUGGUUUAUAAGCUACAAGUCUUGAU